GUGCAAGGAAAAGAGGAUGGUAAAUCAGGCGAGUUACGGCUACCUCUAAAAUAGGUGCUGAGGACAAUUCAACAAUGAAGAAGACAACUUAAUUCUUGUCUCCAGGAGCUCACAAUCUAGAAAUGAAGACAAACCUGGAGUCCUAAUCUGGUGCUUUUUUCACUAUACCAUAACACCUCUCUUGGACCUCUUAAGUAUAUCAGGUUACCUUCAUGAGGAAGAAGCAGUGGCCAUUGGGGAUGUGGAAAGACAUUCUAGGCAGAAGGAAAAGUUUUGCUGGAGAUUAACAGGACUUGGAUCAGCAGAUUCUUACUUCAGCUAUCACAAUGGCAGCCCGUUUCACAUGGUCUUUUGUGGUUUUGCUCUUUAAUACCUCAAUAACUAAAAGUCCUCUAAUGAAUUGCAAACACAGUUGACUGGGGAUUGAACCUGCAACCCAGAAGCUCACCUGGAUAUAGUGGCCUUCUCUGGGACACCUGAGCCACACCGUCAGAGUCCAAUUUGAGGAAGAUGAAACUAAAGAGUACCUGAUGUAUCCAUCCCCUGAGAUUCUUAUCCAACUUGUGGAGGUGAUGGAUCAACUGCAUCUAGGGGAAUCAGUUGCUGCAGUUCUCCGUAACAGGAGACGGAGACAAUUGUCUUUAAAACAAGCCGAUUUCAAGGAUAUAUUCAAAAAAUCAACUUCAGGAUCUCUCGUGGAAGAGGAAGACCAACACAUGAAAUUGUCCCUUGGAAGCAGCGAAAUGGGCCUCUCAUCCCAUUUGCAGUCUUCCAAGGCAGGAGCGACUCGCAUCUUUACCAGCAAUACCCACAGUUCUGUGGUGUUACAGGGCUUUGACCAGCUUCGACAUGAAGGCUUGCUUUGUGAUGUGACCCUGAUGCCAGGUGACACGGAUGAUGCCUUCCCUGUGCAUAGAGUCAUGAUGGCCUCUGCCAGUGAUUACUUCAAGGCUAUGUUCACAGGCGGAAUGAAAGAACAAGAUUUAAUGUGCAUUAAGCUUCAUGGCGUGAGCAAAGUCGGUUUAAGGAAAAUUAUUGAUUUCAUUUAUACUGCAAAACUUUCUCUUAAUAUGGACAACCUUCAAGACACACUGGAAGCUGCCAGUUUUCUACAGAUUCUGCCGGUAUUGGACUUCUGCAAAGUGUUUCUCAUAUCUGGGGUCACUUUAGACAAUUGUGUUGAAGUUGGGCGGAUUGCCAACACCUACAAUCUGACAGAAGUGGAUAAAUACGUUAACAGUUUCGUCUUGAAGAAUUUUCCUGCAUUGCUGAGCACUGGGGAGUUCUUGAAACUCCCCUUUGAGCGUCUUGCCUUCGUGCUUUCCAGUAAUAGCCUUAAGCACUGCACUGAACUUGAGCUCUUUAAGGCUACCUGUCGCUGGCUACGAUUGGAAGAGCCUCGGAUGGACUUUGCUGCAAAAUUAAUGAAGAACAUACGAUUUCCACUGAUGACACCACAAGAGCUGAUUAAUUAUGUGCAAACCGUGGAUUUCAUGAGAACUGACAAUACUUGUGUGAAUCUCCUUUUGGAAGCCAGCAAUUACCAAAUGAUGCCAUACAUGCAGCCAGUUAUGCAGUCAGACAGGACUGCCAUUCGGUCUGACACCACUCAUUUGGUUACACUAGGAGGAGUGCUGAGGCAGCAGCUGGUUGUCAGCAAGGAAUUGCGCAUGUAUGAUGAAAAGGCCCAUGAAUGGAAAUCAUUAGCCCCUAUGGAUGCCCCAAGGUACCAGCAUGGCAUUGCCGUCAUUGGAAAUUUCCUCUAUGUCGUUGGAGGACAGAGUAAUUAUGACACAAAAGGAAAAACCGCUGUCGAUACAGUCUUCAGAUUUGAUCCUCGAUACAAUAAAUGGAUGCAAGUUGCAUCUUUAAAUGAAAAGCGCACCUUCUUCCACCUAAGUGCCCUCAAAGGAUAUCUGUAUGCAGUUGGUGGGAGAAAUGCAGCUGGUGAACUUCCUACAGUAGAAUGUUAUAAUCCAAGAACAAAUGAAUGGACCUAUGUUGCCAAAAUGAGUGAGCCCCACUAUGGCCAUGCUGGAACUGUGUAUGGAGGAGUAAUGUAUAUUUCAGGAGGAAUUACUCAUGACACUUUCCAAAAGGAGCUCAUGUGCUUUGACCCCGAUACUGACAAAUGGAUUCAGAAGGCGCCAAUGACCACCGUCAGAGGUCUGCAUUGCAUGUGUACAGUUGGAGAAAGGCUCUAUGUCAUUGGUGGCAAUCACUUCAGAGGAACAAGUGAUUAUGAUGAUGUCCUAAGCUGUGAAUACUACUCACCUAUCCUUGACCAGUGGACCCCAAUUGCUGCCAUGUUAAGAGGGCAGAGUGAUGUUGGGGUCGCUGUCUUUGAAAAUAAAAUCUAUGUGGUUGGUGGGUAUUCCUGGAAUAAUCGUUGUAUGGUAGAGAUAGUGCAGAAAUAUGAUCCAGAUAAAGAUGAAUGGCAUAAGGUUUUUGAUCUCCCAGAGUCCCUUGGUGGCAUCCGAGCUUGCACACUCACAGUUUUUCCACCUGAAGAAACCACACCAUCACCUUCUAGAGAGUCCCCUCUUUCUGCACCUUAAGAUCACCCCUACAACUAAGAUGCUGUAGUCCUAUCUUUGCAAUGUGUCAUGAUUCUCUUCUUUUGCUGCCCCCUCUUAAAUAGUGUAUGUUAGGAUUAGCCUCCAGUAAUUGAUGCAGAUAUUGGAAAAAAGACAACAUUGAUGUUAUUUGUGCUGUUUGUUUGGCUUAGAGUGUUUAUAAAGUGGUAACAAAAACCAUUCUGGAAAUGUACUCCAUAGAAGCUGAUGUUUAACAUACAAAAAGAAAAAAAAGUUAUUGUCUUUAAAAUGUUUCUUCAGUGCUUUUUUGAUGCUGUGUACUGGGUAUGAGGUAUUUGUCAUCUUACAUUAGAAAGCCCAAUAAAUCACAUUGAAGGUGGAUUGUAGUAAAUAUACAACUGUGCUAACUAGGCUUCAAGUAAAAAGUUUUCCUUUCAUCUGAGUGUCAAAGGGAGGCAGCCUGCUCCAACAGAAACAAUAGACAAAGGUUGCCAACUCGCAUGAGCUACCUCCCUCUUUUCAUAAAGCAUUUUUGACAUAUCUGUCAACCCACCUGUCUGUGUGGGUGCAUUGAGAAUAUAUAAUGUUUCUUAGACACACAGGAGAAAGAGUAACUGAAAUUCACCAAUAUUAAUUUUUAAAAUGCAGCAUGCCCCUCUAAUUAUAAACAAGGUUUGGGAGUUUUUAAAGUGUGUAUAAAUACAUCCACACACAUAGAAAUAUCAAAUGCAAAACUUUAGAAAUUGAAUGGCAUGUCAAAUAAAUGUAAAAAAAUAAAUUUGUUUAAGAAAGAAGCUUCCAUUAAGAUGGGAAUUCAGUAUGUACAUACUGAAUGCACAUAUGUAGAGUCAUGUUGAAUUAAGUGGAUGAUGGCUGGAAAUUUUGAGCAAAAAAAAAUCUGUCACUUGACCCAAUUUUACCUUCCAAAACUGUAAAUUACACCUUCUCCUUUGCUGUUGAGGUAACUUCCAUAUUGUAUGUAUUCUGUAUACUCUCAGUUCAUAAGGUUAUUUAGCACAAAGUAAAGCAGCUUCACCUGGCAAGCUGCUUUUGCUCAGUGAAUUCAACUUCCAUGUUUUAUCUUUUUGUUCAAUAAAAAAACAUUUAAUGUCA